AUGUCAUUGGCACCGAGCGACUAUGAUCAUACCCACGACGCCCACCUGACAUUCGGCGUGUCCAAAGCAAUUCUCGACACCGUGAAGAACACAAUCACCUUCAACCUCGACUCGAUCAAGCCCGCCAGGUCGAACCAAGUACUCAGUGAUGAUGUGAGAAAUCUGAUGGAUCAACUCCAAAUUCCAUGUCUCUACAGGGUAAUCACUGAGGUUGGAGAUGACACGGAGAUCUUCUCCUCCAUCGAGCCUACAGACAGAACACAAAUCAAGCAUCGGAAAACCGCUAAAUUUCCCAGUGUAUUCGGGAGUGCUCAUUUCGUAGAACAUCUCACCCGUUUGACUGGUCGAGAGGGGCAUAAACCUCAGACGUUCACCGCAGCAAUUUUUGGUGGGACAGACGAGGCCCCUGGGGAUACUGUCAGAUCAGAACUGGGAAGCAUGUACGGAACAUCGAGUACAAAGACGUUCCCGAUAUUCACCCCUGGAACGAUGACAGAGGCACCUAGCAUCCGGGAUUUCGAGGACGAUCGAAGUGAUGGAGCUACGACUCCCACUACAGGUCAGCCCGAACUUCUUGAACUCCCCAGAUCUGGACAUGCAAAUAUUACCAUCACCUCCACACCCAUACGUUACCCCCGAGACCUGUACCCCGUGUUCAGAAUAGACUCGAUCGAGAAGGCAGAUCAACUUUCCGCCCGGUACAACCACGAUGCUAGCGCACUUCUGCUUGAGCGUGAGCUUUCUGGUAAGACAGUCAACCUAAUGAAGGAAUAUUCACAGGAUGGUCGAGACAUGACCGGCAAAACCGCACUCCAGGUAGUUGCGACCAGAGAUUCUGCACCAAGUCGCGAACUCUACAAUUACCACAUCGACUCGAAAUCCGAGUCUGCCUGGAGGAAACUUGGGACCAAAGAUCAAAGCUCAAUCACCAUGGAAGUCCAUUUCAGGGAGCGAGUAAACGGCAAAGACAACUUUACCUGGACCCCAGCCCCAGAAGAUUUCGGACCCUAUGGAAUCGGUCGAUAG